AUGAGCGUCCGCCGCAUCAGCCGCAGUCCCCCGCAGUCUCAAGCUGACAUUGACGCGUGCGAGAACUCCCCGCUUCUUCGACCUAAUAGUAUUUCUUUAAACUACAAUUCUGACUCGGCCGUAUACGACCGUAAAGAGGAGGGAAAUGGAAAUGGAUCACACCGCUUUUUUGGAGCCGACGAAGACCGCAGUUGCAGCGACAGCGACGAUGAUUUAGAUUUCAUUGAUUUGGACCACCAGUUUUCUCCGACUAGUUACCGUCAGCAGUCGUCAGAUACCUCUCGUCUGAUUCCACGGGCGAAUUGGCAUGGACUUGGAAUGCACAGUAAAUUUAAACGCGGACCUCCGAAGCCACUGCCGGCUCCCGGUACAGUGAGUCAUACGACACGACGUUCAAGGAUGAGGACUAUAAAGAAACAGCUGAGAGAACCACCCAGUGCUCCUAAGCUUCGGGUGUCUGCCUAUUGCACAUGCGACCAACUACAGCUAUUUAAAUUGCUUAAGUGGCUUGAAAGAGUCGAAACAGGUCAAUUGCCAGGAGGAGAAUUGCAUUCCGACGGAUGGAAACACAAGAUGUAUAUGGGUGCAAUCCAUUCCAGCUGUGCACCUGCCACAGAUCAUGAAGACGGAUCGCCGGUCUCAUAUCAGCAAAAGGAUGCUUUUUACUUUGCGACAGGGUGUGCAGUUUUCUGGGGACUGACAAGAGCAGAGGAACAGGCACAUCUUGUGGCAUUAGGGGCAUUUUCGGUAGGGCCAGUCAAACAGGUUGAGGUUGAAGAUAUGGACUACACGUAUGGAGACGCAAGUUUAAUAUGUAACGACGCAAUUACAUUAAGAAGUAAUCGUGCGUCCGAAAAGUUGGCGAUAUCCUUUGCGAUGGCUCAAUCCUCAAAAUUAGAUGUGUUCGAGGAGCGUGUGGAGGAAACUAUUCGUGCGACAAAACACGUUCCGCAGAAUCUUGCAGCCACGGGCUCGAUCCAAUAUUCACAGAGUGAUAUCUCAAAGCUCAUUGGUCGUCUCUUCAUCGAGCGGAGUGACGUGAAUUUAAAUUCUGACAUGCUGGACGAGCCGGACUUUUUUUGGGAAGACGACGAGUAUGAGCCUUUGUACAAAAAGGUGAUGAAGUAUUUGAGUGUGGACAACCGAGUUCAGAUUCUCAACACACGUUUAGAUAUCCUUCGCGAGCUGCUGGAUGUAUUAAGCCAACAACUCGCGCAUCAGCACGACACAAAGCUAGAGAUGAUUGUUAUAUGGCUUAUUGUUGCCGAGGUUGCCGUGCAAGUAGUGUGGAAUAUUCUCAUCAAAGAUAUUCUUGGAUAUUUUCCUCACUCAGACACGACAGAUUAG